CAAUGAGCUUCUUUCUUCCUUCUUUCUCUUCUCUCUCCUCUCUCCUCUCCUAAGGUCUUUGCCCCUCUUGUACACCUUAUCAUUGUCAUAUACAGAUAUCAUCAUGUUCAGUGAACAGCAACAAACAAAGAUCGGCUUCCAACAUGGUUCAUCUUCUCCUAUCUCCCGCAUUGCGGCAACAGCCCUCAAUGAACUUGACGACAAACGCAUUAAAGGGAUCAAGCCAUUGAUCCCCCCACAGAUCCUAAUGGAAGAUCUUCCUCUUUCGCUCGCUGCUGCUCAGACAAUCAUUCUCGGUCGUCAGGCUGCAGAGGAGAUCAUCAAAGGCAGAGAUGAUCGUUUGCUCGUUAUUGUGGGACCAUGCUCUAUCCAUGAUACCAAGGCUGCUAUUGAAUAUGCUCAAAAGCUCAAGGCUUACGCUGCCGAAGCUGCCGAGGAUCUCGCCAUCAUCAUGAGAGUGUACUUUGAGAAGCCUAGAACAACUGUCGGCUGGAAAGGUCUGAUCAAUGAUCCUCAGCUCAAUAACUCAUUCCAGAUCAACAAGGGCUUGCGCGUUGCCCGCUCUCUGUUGUUGGAUUUGAACGAGAUGGGCGUUCCAGCGGGAUGCGAGUUCUUGGAUACAAUCUCGCCUCAAUACGUUGGAGACCUUGUUUCCUGGGGAGCCAUCGGUGCCCGCACCACCGAGUCACAGAUUCACCGUGAGCUUGCCUCGGGACUGUCUGUACCAGUUGGAUUUAAGAACGGCACUGAUGGCGGUGUCACUGUUGCCAUUGAUGCUAUCAAGUCGGCCUCAUCAGGCCAUCACUUCCUCUCUGUCACGAAGCAGGGUCUUUCAGCCAUUGUUUCAACUGAGGGCAAUGACUCUUGCCACGUCAUCUUGCGCGGAGGUUCCAAGGGACCUAACUACGAAGAGGCAGAUGUCAAAGCUGUAGCUGACAAGCUGACUGCUGCCAAGCUUCCUGCCCGUAUCAUGGUCGAUUGCAGCCACGGAAACAGCUCCAAGGUCUUUGCACGCCAAAUGAUUGUCGCAGAGGACCUGUCAAAACAGUUGGCUAAUUCGAAUGCUUCUGGAGAUGCGAUUAUGGGCGUGAUGAUUGAGUCUCAUUUGAAGGAGGGCCGUCAAGAUAUCCCUGCGGCAGGACCACAGGGCUUGGUCUAUGGUCAAUCUGUCACAGAUGCCUGUAUUUCUUGGGAAAACACUGUUGUUUUGCUCGACAACCUGAGAGAAGGUGUCCGCCAGCGUCGCGUCAGAAGAUCCAGCAGUGCUUAAACUAGGGGGACCUUCUUGUAGAUUUUCAUUCAUUUGUUUACGCAUUUCUUUUCUUAUUUUCAAUGC